AUGAUGGGACUGGACGAUAUUGUGGAUUUAAGCGAAAUCAAUUUUGAUUUUGAUGGUGAACUUUUUGACAUUAGCGGUAAUGUCACCAGCAAAAUGGAGGGUGUUGAUCCAACAGAUCGAUUAGAUUUGGAGAUUGAAGUGUUUAAAAUGGCUCGUGGCGCUUGGCAAAUGACUCCAUACUCCAUUAGAAGAAAGGAUUUCUGCCGAACAAUGUGGAAUACCAAUACGCUUUUGUAUGAGUGGGUUUUUAAGUAUGUGCCUAAAGAGGAGCAGUUAUGCCCCACAAAUUACAAUCAUACCUAUCACACCAUCCCAUUCAAAGUGAAUCCAACUAUGGAAUUUGCCCUGAAUAUGGAAGGUCGCUAUAAGGUUCAGUUUAUUACAAUACUGGAUAUUGAAAUAUUAAGUAAUGUUGACAGCGAUGGCAAUGACACUGAUGUAGACUUGUCUGACACUGCUGAGGUGGCUAAAACGAUGACUGUUUGUCGUUAA